AUGGAGGAGGAGUGCCGGGUGCUCUCCAUCCAGAGCCACGUCGUCCGCGGCUACGUGGGCAACCGGGCCGCCACGUUCCCACUGCAGGUCUUGGGGUUUGAGAUUGACACGGUGAACUCUGUCCAGUUUUCAAACCACACAGGCUACGCACACUGGAAGGGUCAAGUGCUGAACUCCAAUGAACUCCACGAGCUGUACGAGGGUCUGAAGCUGAACAAUGUGAAUAAAUAUGACUAUGUGCUCACAGGUUACAUGAGAGACAAGUCCUUCCUGGCCAUGGUGGUGGACAUCGUGCAGGAGCUGAAGCAGCAGAACUCCAAGCUUGUGUACGUGUGCGACCCAGUGAUGGGGGACAAGUGGGACGGCGAAGGCUCCAUGUAUGUCCCCGAGGACCUCCUCCCAGUGUACAGAGAGAAGGUUGUGCCAGUUGCAGACAUAAUAACCCCCAACCAGUUUGAGGCUGAGUUACUGAGUGGCAGGAAGAUCCACAGCCAGGAGGAAGCCUUAGCGGUGAUGGACAUGCUGCACUCGAUGGGCCCCGACACGGUCGUCAUCACCAGCUCUGACCUGCCCUCCCCGCGGGGCAGCGACUACCUGAUUGCACUGGGCAGCCAGAGGAUAUGGAAACCCGACGGGUCCAUGCUGACAGAGCGUAUCCGCAUGGAGAUGCAUAAGGUGGAUGCGGUCUUUGUGGGCACGGGGGACCUCUUUGCUGCUAUGCUGCUGGCGUGGACUCACAAGCACCCCAAUAAUCUCAAGGUGGCUUGUGAGAAGACCGUGUCGGCUAUGUACCACGUUCUGCAGCGGACCAUCAACUGUGCAAAAGCCCAGGCUGGGGAAGGGCAGAGGCCCAGCUCGGCGCAGCUGGAGCUGCGGAUGGUCCAGAGCAAAAAGGACAUCGAGAACCCCAAGAUUGUCGUCCAGGCCACGGUGCUCUGAGGCGCGCAUACCCGCCUCUAGCACGCGGCCUGUUAGUGUCUCCGUCUUCGUCCUUGUGAGAAAUGUGACGUCUGCCUUAGAGCUGUGACUGAAGCUUGGUAUUUUGUCUUUUGUGGGUGUCCAGCAUCAACUUGUCUUAAUGGUGAAAACGUGCAGCCGUCCUUUUUAACAACACAGUGACCACAGAAAUGUGUAAUUUGAAACCCAGCUCCCUGCUCCCCGCAGGCCCCUGGGCCUCCCUGGAAAACCAGCUCUGUGUCUGCCCUCUUGGCGUCCGUCCCCCAGCCUCCUAGGCUGGUGUGGGGAAUGUGCUAUGUUCCCCUCACCAGACGGUGGGCCCGGGAGCCCCUGCAUCUCUGAGUUGGGUUUUAACCAUUUGCUUCCAUAAGAUUUACGCCAAAUAGCCUCGUUGUUGUCCUGACCUGAUGGUCUCCGUGCCGGCUUCAGAGUUGUGUUUGGUGCCAUGCGCCUGGUAGGUCCCCAGGGGUGCAGACAUCCUGUUUUCAUGUCGCCGUGUGCACAGCUUAAUACUAGCAGACCCAGACACAGGCAGGCAUGGCCCAGUCACCUGGCGGGACCUUUCCUGGGCCCUGGAAAUCCCAUCAGACUCCGUAUGUCAUGUCUACCUGAGCACCACCUCCAGGGCCCUGCCGAGCGAUGAGGGAGAUGAGGAGGGGCCGGCGCAGCUGCAGGCGGGUGUGGGAGAGCCUGGUGUGUGGUACUGCAGGUCAGGUACGCGUUUGCCACCUGCUGCUGGUGACAGGACGGGGGCAGAGCUGACCUCCUCCCCGCUGAGUAUAUUUCAACCCCAGGCCAGUUACCUCAUCCCCACCAACUCUGGGUUCUGUGCACCAGGUGUCUGCAAGCCAGAGGCCCCGCAAAGCCAGCUGCUGCUCCCCGACCUGCCCCGGGAGGGGUUUGACGUGGGGUCGGGCGGGGCGGCGCUCCAGAGGAGCAGCUCAGAUGCCUCCAGCAGGGGCCAGCAGACACGAGUCCACUUGUCCACUGCUGGGACCCCUGCCUGCCCCACGUAGCCCAGGAUUUUGAGGCAGGGGUGCCCACCCAGAAGCCUGGGUUUGGCCUGCCCGGGCUGCAGUGCCUGCUGCCACUUUUGCGGGGCACCUAGGUUUGCGUCUCCCAAGGGCCCCAUGUGCAGACCCCCCCACAGAACUGCCCCACCCCUGACGGCAGUUCUGGUAUCCUCUGGAAAGACUCGCGUCCUGAGCCACAUGUUCCUGUUGACAACACCCCAGAAUAAAGAAAAGCUGCUCCCACUGAGCCACCGCCUGCCACCCCCUGACUCCCGGUAACCUUUGCCCCGGUCAGAGUCCCUGAGCUCCCACAGCAGCCAGCAGAAGGCCAUCUGUGUCCCUGCCCUUCCCAGUUCCGAGGACCCAGCCCCUGGAGCCCUGGGGCAGAGCCCAGCUCACUGGUCCCACCAGGGCCCAGUGGACCCAAGGAGGAGCAGGGCCAGCUGGCAUCCCCAGCUGUGCAGCGCCCCCAUGGACCACCCUGUCCCUGCCGAGUAGCUGGGGAGACGCCACACACCAGUGAUGGAGAAAAGCUGCUUUUUGGCUUUUCUUAAAUAUCGAGUGCAGGUGUAAGGCAGCAGAGAACCUAAGUGCAUGUCUUUGGUGAGGCGAGGACCCUGUGUGGGAGCGCAGAGCUGGGCCGGGGCUGGGCUGUGAGCGCCGCCCACCCAGAGGGCGGGCCGCCGGAACCCCCGACGAUUCUCAAUUUCCGUGGCUGUGUUUCAGGGGCUUCGCUCUGUCUUAGGCCCAGUUCUCUCACUGGCUGAAUCUAGCACCGAACGGUGGGAACAACCCCCUGGAGGACUUUCUGCCAAACGAGGCCCCCUCUGCCUCUGGGCUGCAGUGAGGCAGCCUGGCCAGGCCCCUCAUGUGCAGCAGCACAAGCCGACGGCUCCUGAGGGCCUCGGAAGUGUGGGGCUCCUGCAGGGACAGCCAAGCCCUGUGCGUCCCCACUCCUAGCAGCUACUGUGGUCACUAUGCAGUCAAGUACGUGCUGUCAGUUCCCUAUGGGAUGGAUAGUGCCAUCAGGACAAUGACAGAGGCCAUGGGUUGUCUGUGCUUCAAAUUCCCCAUGAGGAGUUAACCAGGGUCCUUGGGCAGUGCUUUUCACACGUUGGGUCCAAAUUAGCAUUAAUGUUUGGUUUUACUUUCCAUACAUUAGCAACACUAAGAUAAUUUAUUUGAAGGCAAGAAAUGUAUUGGCCCAGAAUCACCUCCUUGUUACCAGAGUACAGAUUUUGAUUCUUGUCAGAUCUUCAGAGCUCCUCCUGUAAACCUCAAAGACGAAUUACCAAACUGCUUUCUUCUUCAUCAGUCUUAAACCAUGGCCAAGUCCUAAAACGGCGCCGGUCUGUGUUACUUUUGCAAUAUACGUAAGCGAUGGUAAACACAA